AUGUGCAGACAGAUGUCUGGUCCUUCCACGACUACUCGCAGAGCGCCUCUAAGUUCGCCAAGGUGCUCCAGGACCUGGCACCCAAACAUGUCAAAGGCCGAGUUCACCAGCCGCUGCUCGUGGCCGAGUAUGCUGGAGUUGGCCUGGACCUCUCUGGGCCCUUUGGGAUGA